UGAAAAACAAAUUAAAAUUUUCCCAAAUUAGGGCAUAUAAAUUUCUUUGCUUUGUAAAUUAGUCGAGAACUAUGCUCCAUUCGACCAUUCCCCAACUUCACAUGGCAUCUCUGCUAGAAAUUUUCCGUCGCUCAAAAUCCCAUGCUUCUCUUUCUCAACUCCUCUUCCUUCGAAGAAUGACUUGCAAGGUUUUUGUUAAAGGUUUAGCAUUUUCUACUACAGAAGACAAAUUAGCCGAAGCUUUUUCUCAAUACGGCAGGGUCCUGAAAGCUGAUAUAAUACUGAAUAAAGCCAAGAAUAGACCCAAAGGUUUUGGAUAUGUGACUUUUUCUAAGGAGGAAGAAGCCCGUAAGGCACAGAUGAGCAUGAAUAGAAAGAUAUUACAUGGGCGUGUGUUGUAUGUUGACAUGCAACCACCUAACAAGCAAUUUUUUGAGUAGGCAACUGAUGGUUGAUACUCAAUGAAGAUAUGCAUUAGGUAUAGUCAGACCCUAAAGGGCAGACAGCACCUUGACCUUGGGAAGGAAGGAGCCGCAUGUCCUCUAGGCGUUUCCUAAUAUGCAUAUAUAUUUAGAUCGACCAAUGAAUAUAUAUGCAUGCUGCUAGACAUAUAAUUGUUUGUCGCUCGGUGAAUUCAUAUUCAUUUUCGCACUUGAGUUCAAUUUCUUUUCUUCUUCUUUUUCUUA